AUGGCGAGCUCAGCAUAUAGGGAGCAGCAGAUAUCGGAGAUCCGCCGUCUUGCUGCUGCGUACGUGGACCGACAGUUCCACAGGGUGCUCGGUGUUGCCCCCAGCAGCAGCAGCAGCAGCAACAAUAGCAGCAGCAGCAGCAGCAGCAGCAGCAGCAGCAGCAAUCUGAAUGGACGGGAAGAAGACAGCGACGCAGCACUAACGGCGGACAACAAACGAAAGGCCACGGACUUCAUGGUUGCGAAUUUGCUGCAUCAUUCAUAUGGGACAGUGGAUGGUGCUGCUGUGCUGCUGGAGCUGCAGCAGCUGCAGCAGCAGCUGCAAGUGCAGCAGCAGCCGCUAGCAGCAGCCGCGCUGCAGCAGGCGUGCGCGGCCUUCAUCAACAGCAGCAAGAGCAGCAGCAGCAGCAGCAGCAGCAACAGCGUGCAGCAGCUAGAUGAGAGCUGCGGGGCGCUGCUGCUGCUGCUGCUGCUCUCCAAAGGACAUCUUUGCGGCGGAGAUAAACCCAAGCUGCUGCUGCUGCUGCAGCACAGCAGUCAGCCUUCCCAAAGGACUGCUGCAGCAGAGCAGCGGCAGAGACAAGAAGCAGCAGCGCGAGAGGAUCUGCUGCAGCUGAUGCAGCAGCAAGACGAACUCUACAGGCAAGGUCUCAGCAGCAGCAGCAGCAGCAGCCGCAGCAGCAGCAGCAGCAACUGCAGUAGCCGCAGCAGCAGCAGAAGCGACACGGAUGAGCCGCCGCUGCAGCAGCAGCAGCAGACUGAUGAGUUGCUGCUGCUGCUUCGGCGAGACGAGGGAGCGGCAGAGCUCUCUGUUCAAAGCGAGCAGCAGCAGCAGCAGCAGCAGCUGGUGUUGCUGCUGCAGCAGCAGCAGCAGCUAGUGCAACGCCUGCAGCCGCGCCGGCUGCAAAAAGUGGGCGUUUUGUGCCCCUCUGAGCAGCAGCAACAGCAGCAGCAGCAGCAGCAGCAACAGCAGCAGCAGCAAACAUUAGAUAUAGUCAGCCUGCAGCAAAAGAUCUUGCAGCGGCUGCAGCCUCGCGACGGCAGCAGCAAAGGACAGCUAGCAGCAGCAGCAGCAGCAGCAGCAGCAGCAGGACAGGUUGCUGCUCCAUUUGCAGGAGGUUGCUGCACUGAAAGCGCCUUUCGAAGCCACCGCAUUGUUAGCGAGGCGUGGGUAGUUGAGAGGCUCCUUGCUGCUUUGGGGGGAGGCGACGGCAGCCCGCUGCUGCAGCGCAGGCUGCCCCACAGCAGCAGCAGCAGCAGCAGCAGCAGCAGCAGCAGCAGCAGCAGCAGCAGGGUGGAAGCACCUGUGGUGCUUGAGGUGAACAGGGAGCUGCAGCUGCUGCAUCUGUCUGCUGCUGCGCUGCAGCACGCUGUUGCUGCUUUCUUGAAGGGGGCUUCGGCGGUGUUGCUGCUGCAGCUGCUGCUGCGUCGGGCGUUUGCUGCUGGUUACUCUUUGCAGCAGCUGCAGCAGCAGCAGCAGACUUUGCUGCUGCAGCAGCAGCCGCUGCACUCCCGCUUACCCCGUGAAGCAUCCCCCGUAGCAGUCACAACGCAUGCAGCAGCAACUGCAGCAGCGGCAGCCGCUGCAGCAGCAGAGCAGCAGCAGCACGACUUGAUGCCCCAGUCUCUUGUGGAUCUGCUGCAGCAGCAGCAGCAAACGGAGCAGCAGUGGUCGGCGAGCUUAAGUGGCGGGGCGUGGGUGCAGCAGCAGCAGCAGCAGCAGCAGCAGCAAAGAGAGGGGCCCUGGGGCUGCUGCAUUGAGGCUUUUCUGUUUGGGGUUCGGCUGCUGCAGCAGCAGUGGGAUGCGCAGUUGCUGCUGCUGCGGCUGCAGCAGCUGCAGCAGCUGCAGCAGGAGUGGGAAGUGCCGUACGCAGGCGACUUGCGGCCAUCAGCAGCAGCAACAGCAGCAGCAGCAGCGGGGCCGCUCCCGCCGCUGCCCUUCACUCUGCACACAGCAGCAGCAGCAGCAGCAGCAGCAGCAGCAGCAGCAGCAGCAGCAGCAGGGCCCCCCGCUGCUGCUGCGCGGCCAGUGACGCUCCUGUGGCUGCAGCAGCAGCUGCGCGAUGGGCUUCGCUGCUGGGAGGAGACAGCACUUGUUUUGGAGACAGCGUUGCAUGCAGCAACAAGCUGCAGCAGCAGCAGCAGCAGCAGCAGCAGCAGCAGCAGCAGCGGCAGAGGGGUCCCUAGUGCUUCAGCCCUAACGGGCGCCCUGCUGCAGCAGCUGCUGCAGCGACUGCAGGCAGCUGAGCUGCGGGGAGAUUUGCUGCUGCAGCGGCUGCUGCGGUUUCUGUUGUCUUUUGCUGCGCAGCCGCUGCUGCAGCACAUCGGUUUGCUGCUGUGCUGCGGCAGCACCGCAGCAACGCAGCAGCAGUUCUGCUGCGAUGCGCCUGCUGCUGCUGCAGGACCAGGACCUUCCGGGGCCCCCAGCAGCAGCAGCAGCAGCAGCAGCAGCAGCAGCUGUUGGUGGAGCGUUCUCCGGCAGUGCUUAAGUGACGCAGCAGCAACAGGCAGCUACGUUGCAGCAGCAGCAGCAAUGCGCGAGGGUGCAGCAGCUCUGUCUGCAGGUGUGGGCUGGGCUGCUCAGCAGCAGCAGCAGCAAGAGCUCCAGCAGCUGCUGCAGCAGUGCCCCGAAACUGCAGCAGCAGCAGCGGGAGCAGCAGCAGCAGCAGGAGCAGCAGGAGAAGGAGUUUUCGGCCUCCAGAUAACUGCUGAACUGCUGGAGCUGGCGCAGGCCGAGUUGCUGCAGCAGCAGCAGCUGCAGCAAACAGCAGCUGCUGCACGCAGCAGCAGCAGCAGUUCCUGCAGCAGCAGCAGCAGCAGCAGCAGUGAUGUGGUGCUGCUCACAGAUUUUCUGCAGCAGGUGGAUGAGCACCUGCGGGGUUGGCGGUCUCUGCCCUGCAGCAAACUGCAGCAGCAGCAGCAGCAGCACGCAGCAGCAGCAGCAGCAGGCACUGAGCUUGCGCUGCUCCCCACAUCCGCCAUUUCCACUUGCAGCAGCGCAACCUGCCUCAGCAGCAACAGCAGCAGCAGCAGCAGCAGCAGCAGCGGCAGCGAGCCAGACAUCGAUGACAGCUACAAGCUGGAGUUUGCAGCAGAAGCAGAGCCCCGCCCCGAGCAGCAGCAGCAGCAGCAGCAGCAGCAGCAGCAGCAGCAAAAGGAGUUGCUGCCUACGACGUUCCGGCUGCAGCAGCUGCUGCUGCACCCGCUGCAGCAGCUCCGAAUUUGCGGGCAGCAGCUGCUGCUGCUGGAGACGCUGCAGCAGGGCCUGGCCUUGGAGAGAAUUGCUGCUCUUCGCGCUCUUUUCUCUCUGCAGGACGAGCCGCUGCUGCUGCCAGUUUUGCGGCUGCUGUUUGAGCGGGCAGAUGCGCCUCUUGCCCACGCGGACCCUUUGCUGCUGAACAAUUUGCUGCAGGAGGCCUUCAACAGCAGCAGCAGCAGCAGCAGCAGCAGCAGAGGGCUGCAGCAGCAACAGCAGCUGCUGCUACAGCUAGAGAAUAGCCCGGCGUCGGACCUCCAGUUGCCACAACUGCUCAGCACUUCCAAUGCAGCACAGCCCACAGCAACAGCAGCAGCAGCAGCAGCAGCAGCAGCAGCAGCAGCAGCAAAACGAGCAGCAGCAGCAGCACCUGACCUCAGCACUGGGAGCAUAGCCUGGCAGCUGCAUGCGCGCAUGCGCGCUGCCUUAAGGGCAGCGACUGCCUUGCCUGGCGGCCCCGACAGCAGCAGCAGCAGCAACAGCAGCAGCAGCAGCAGCAGCAGCAGCAGCAGCAGCAGCAGCUUGGCGCGGCGGGUGGAGCUGGGCCGUGCUGCAGUCUACGGAGACCUCUUCUCGCUGCAGCGGCAGCAAAAAGCUUUUCAACUUUUGUUUGUCUCUUUGGAAGAGACUCCUUUUAUCUUGAAGGCGCAGCAGCAAAAGUCCUUGGCCUUUGCCUGCAUGCAGGUGAAGCAAAAGGGCCCGCGCGUGAGGGGCCCCUCCGUUGUGCCUGCUGCUGCUCUUGCUGCUGCUGCUGCUGUCUUGGCCUACAAUUUAGAGCUGCAGCGAGCGGUGCUGGCAGCAGAGCACCUGCUGCAGGUGUCUCCUGUGUUUGCUGCUGCCUUCAAGCAGCAGCGCCAACGCAGAAGCAGCAGCAGCAGCAGCAGCAGCAGCAGCAGCAGCAGCAGCGGCUGCGACGCGGUGUUUCGCUUCUAUGGGGUGCUGCUGGCAGCAAGACAAGAGCUGCUGCACCUGCUGCAUGCACUGAAGCUCUAUGUGGGGCAGUGUCUGUACAGCACGGAGCAGCCGCUGCUGCUGCUGCUGCUGCGCUGCUGCAGCACGGACGAGCUUGCUGCACAUCACCUGCAGCACUUGCUGCUGCUGCUCGCAGUGCUGCUAGUGCCGCUGUCCCCUGCUGCAGCAGCAGCAGCUGAGUCCGACGCAGCAGCAGCAGCGGAGACGGCUGCAGCAGCGCGUCGGGCCUGCGGUGCAGCUGCUGCUGCAGCGGAGGAAGCAGCAGCAGCAGCAGCAGCAGCAGGCGUCAUUCCAUCAUCGCCACUCAGCUUUGCUGCCAAUGUAGCAGCAGCACCGCAUGUCCUCACGCUGCUGCGGGCGCCGCUGCAGCUGCUGCAGCUGCUGCGGCUAGCCACAGCUGCAGCGGGGCUGCAGCAGCAGCCGCUGCUGUUGCUGCAGCAGAACGACCCCUUGCUGCUCGACUUCUCAGUCCCGGCGCCACUGCAGCAGCAGCAGCAGCAGCAGCAGCAGCAGCAGCAGCAGCAGCAGGGCGACGCGUUCUGGCCGCCGCCGACCCCAAGAAUAAGCCGCUUCACCGAGUGCCGCGGCAGCAGCAGCAAAGGCAGCAGCAGCAGCGCGGAGCAGCAGCAGCAGCAGCAGCAAAUGCUGCAGCAACUAGAGAGACUGGGCCCAGAUGCCACAGCCGCAAUCAGGAAAUACACUCAAUCUGUAGAAGCUGUGCGCUUCAACACGCGUCGUGCUGCUCUUGCUGUUAUAGCCGUGGCACGAGCUGCUGCUGCUGCUGCUGCUGCAGUGCUGCCUGGCAGCAGCGAGGCGGAGCUGCAGCUGCAGCGGAGAGCAGCAGCAGCUGCUGCGCGCAUCGCCGAGGAGUGCUACAGCAGCAGCUGCAGCAGCGAGCAGCAGCAGCAGCAGCAGCUGCUGCUGCUGCACUGCUCCAGCGCGUGCCCACAGGUAGCGCAGCGGCUCGCGCUGCUGCUCGAGGCCCUAGACGGCAACUGCUUCUACACCAAAAUGCUAGCAGCAGCUAGCUAG